ACUUUAUAUAAAUUUAUGUUGUACAUGUAGCUUUGAUAGUGUUAUGUUUAAGUAAUUUUUAAAGGUGUAUUUUUCAACGAGAAAGUUCAUCAUAAUCUUAAAGUGAACAAUUAAUAAACUGAAAUUUUAAUAUUUAAAUUAUUAUAAAUUUGCAAUAUAUAAAAAAAAAUAGUUUUAUACAGUGAUUGUGUUAGAAAUAAUUUAAAUUUAUUUGAUGAAAAACGAAUUUUGAUAUAAACAUGUCCAGCACAUCACAAAAACAUAAAAACUUUGUGGCUGAACCAAUGGGUGAUAAACCUGUUACAGAUCUUGCUGGAGUUGGAGAAGUUUUAGGACGUAGAUUAGAAGCAGCUGGUUUUGAUAAAGCAUAUGUUGUUCUUGGGCAAUACUUGGUUUUAAAAAAGAAUAGAGAAUUAUUUCAAGAAUGGAUGAAGGAUGCAUGUUCUGCCAAUGCAAAACAGUCUAGUGAUUGUUAUCAGUGCCUCUCUGAUUGGUGUGAAGAAUUUUUGUAAAAUAAUUAAAAUUUAAUGUUAAUAUUAUACAAAAAUGAAACUUUUAAUAUAGCAAAGUAUUUACUGUAAUAUUUUAAUGUAAAAUGUGAAAACUAUUUCACUUUCGUGAAUUUAAGAUAAUAUUUUAGAUAAUUUCUAAUAUAAUGAAAGCAAUCUUAAAAGGUAUUUUAAA